AUGCGCCGCUUCGCAGCCGACAGGGCGCGACGCGCGGUGGCUGCGUCCCUGCGCGGCGCAGCGUCCAGAUCAGCAGCGCCGUCGCCUCACGCUCCGCCGCCGCGUCAUCCAGCCUCCCCGAUGGGGGCGGCGGCGAUGGCGGCCGCCAUGGCGAGGGCCAUGUCCACGGCGGCCGCGGGCGCGCCGCCAGUGUCGCUCGACACCAUCAACCCCAAGGUCUUGAAGUGUGAAUAUGCAGUUCGGGGAGAGAUUGUUACACAUGCUCAGAACUUACAACAAGAAUUGCAGAAAAAUCCAGAAUCACUUCCUUUCGACGAGAUACUCUACUGUAAUAUUGGAAAUCCCCAAUCACUUGGACAACAACCAGUUACCUAUUUCAGAGAAGUUCUCUCUUUAUGUGAUCAUCCAGCUCUCCUGGACAAAAGUGAAACUCAUGCUUUGUACAGUUCAGAUGCUAUAGAGAGAGCAUGGCAAAUUCUAGAGAAGAUACCAGGUAGAGCGACAGGAGCAUAUAGCCAUAGUCAGGGUGUAAAAGGUCUACGUGAUGAAAUUGCUACUGGAAUUGCUGCCCGUGAUGGGUUUCAUGCAAGCGGAGAUAACAUCUUCCUAACAGAUGGAGCAAGCCCAGCAGUGCACAUGAUGAUGCAGUUGUUGAUAAGUUCUGAGAAGGAUGGCAUUCUCUGCCCUAUUCCACAGUACCCACUGUACUCUGCAUCAAUUGCUCUUCACGGUGGUUCCCUUGUUCCUUAUUUCCUUGAUGAAGAGACAGGGUGGGGACUCGAGGUUGAUGAGCUGAAGAAACAACUGGAGGAGGCUCGAUCUAAGGGCAUCACUGUUAAGGCGCUUGUUGUCAUAAAUCCAGGAAAUCCAACAGGACAGGUUCUUGCUGAGGAAAACCAAAAGAAAAUUGUCGAAUUCUGCAAGAAUGAAGGACUUGUUCUUCUCGCGGAUGAGGUUUACCAAGAAAAUAUAUAUGUUGAAGAUAAGCAAUUCCACUCAUUCAAAAAAAUUGCACGAUCACUGGGAUACACUGAUGAUGAUCUUCCUUUGGUAUCAUUCCAGUCGGUUUCUAAAGGGUACUACGGAGAAUGUGGAAAACGAGGUGGUUAUAUGGAGAUAACUGGAUUCAGUCCUGAAGUACGGGAACAAAUUUACAAGGUGGCAUCAGUAAAUCUAUGCUCCAAUGUUUCGGGGCAAAUUCUUGCUAGCCUUGUAAUGAACCCACCAAAGGCUGGGGAUGAAUCCUUUGAAUCCUUCAUGGUAGAGAGGGAUGGUAUCCUUUCAUCAUUGGCUCGGCGUGCAAAGGCUUUGGAAGAAGCAUUCAAUAGUUUAGAAGGUAUUACAUGCAAUAAAGCCGAAGGUGCAAUGUAUCUGUUCCCACGCCUUCAUUUACCCCAGAAGGCGAUCGGAGCUGCCCAAGCAGCUGGCACUGCCCCAGAUGCAUACUAUGCUAAACGCCUACUAGAAGCCACUGGGAUUGUCGUCGUCCCUGGUUCUGGUUUUGGACAGGUCCCUGGAACAUGGCACUUCAGAUGCACGAUACUGCCGCAGGAGGACAAAAUACCUGCAAUAAUAUCUAGGUUCAAGGAGUUUCACGAGAAGUUCAUGGAUGAAUUCCGUGAUUGA